AUGAUAUCCCGACACGGAACUCUUUUUUCUUUGGAGGUAAAUAUUAUUUGGUCUGUCGGCCCAAGAUAAACGCCAUGUGGAGCGAGGAAUUCAAUCCAGAACAGUAUUAUCCAGCUUACCCUGGUGGUGAAUAUGAACACACCGGGGACCCCAGACAGGACCUAGAAUAUGAAAGACAGUACCAGGCACAAACCUACAUUAUCCCAGAUGGCAUCAAGAGCUUUUUUGAAUAUUUUCAUAAAAGUGUCCAUGAACAGAACAUUUUUGAAAUACAAAAUGCCUACGAGAACGGGUUUAACAAACUUACAGACAAGUUUUUUAAGACAUCUCCAUGGCCAGAUGCUGAAGUUGUGGCACCAAUUGUUGGAAAUGACCAUAUCUUCCUGAUCUUGUACAAAGAACUGUACUACAGACAUAUUUAUGCCAGGGUUCAGAAUGGGCCUUCCUUGGAACAAAGAUUUGAAUCCUACUACAACUACUGUAAUUUAUUUAACUACAUCUUGAAUGCUGAGGGUCCGGUUCCAUUGGAGCUACCUAACCAGUGGCUGUGGGAUAUCAUUGAUGAAUUCAUCUACCAGUUCCAGUGUUUCAGCAUCUACCGCUGUAAAGUCUCGAAAAAGUCUGAGGAAGAAAUUGCCUUUCUCCGUGCAAAUCCCAAGAUAUGGAAUGUACACAGUGUACUGAAUGUUCUACACUCUUUGGUGGAGAAGUCGAGCAUCAACAGACAGCUGGAGGUCUAUACAAGUGGAGGUGACCCAGACAGUGUGGCGGGCGAGUUUGGACAACACUCCCUGUAUAAAAUGUUGGGAUACUUCAGUCUUAUUGGACUGCUGAGGCUGCAUUCACUCCUUGGGGACUACUACCAGGCUCUUAAGUGUCUGGAGUGUAUCGACUUCAACAAAAAGAACAUGUAUUCGCGAGUGCCUGCCUGUCAAAUCACUACUUUCUAUUAUGUGGGCUUUGCCUACCUGAUGAUGAGGCGUUACCAGGAUGCCAUUCGUACUUUCUCUAACAUCCUACUGUACAUCCAGAGGACAAAACAAAUGUUCCAGACCAGGGCUCAGCUCUACGAUCAGAUCUCCAAGAUGAAUGAUAAGAUGUACACCCUGCUGGCUAUCUGCCUUGUCCUCCACCCAAUGCGUAUUGAUGAGAGCGUCCACUCACAGCUCAGGGAGAAAUUUGCUGACAAAAUGUUGCGCAUGCAGAAAGGAGACCAGGAUGAGUUCCAACAGAAUUUUUCAUUUGCCUGUCCUAAGUUUCUGUCACCAGUACCACCAAACUACGAUGCCAUGGCUGUCAUCAACCAUAAGGAGCCAUUCCAGCUCCAGCUGAAAGUUUUCCUGGAGGAAGUAAGACAGCAGAUAGUGUUACCCACCAUACGAAGCUAUUUGAAGCUUUACACUACUUUACCACUGGCAAAACUAGCUGUUUUCAUGGACAUGUCAGAGGAUGAACUUCGGACUCACUUGAUGUGCUUCAAGCACAAGAUGAAAAACUUGGUGUGGACAAAAGGAACAAGUGGUCUUGAUGGCGAGUUCCAGUCAGCUUCUGAAGUAGACUUCUACAUUGACAAGGACAUGAUCCACAUCGCAGACACCAAAGUAGCUCGUCGCUACGGAGAUUUCUUCAUCAGACAGAUCCACAAAUUUGAGGAGAUUACAAAGAACUUGAAGCUGGUAAAAUAGAUGGAGGAUAAAGGGACAGUUCACAGCUGGACAAACGUUUUAAGUGCUGAACUAGACUUACCUACACAAGUGAUAACAAAAACAAUGGUCUGCAUAGCGUUUCUGUAUUAAAGAUCUGAUGAUUUGUCAAUUCUACACUUGGAAGAAGAUAACAACCGUGUAUAAGGACAUUGAAUGACAGAAUAAUAUAAAGUACAGUACCUCUCCAUA